UGCACUGUCAAUUUUCAUCAGAAUCGCGCCAAAACGCUUAUAAUCAUUCAGACGGAAUUCAUAUUUGUGCCGAUAAUUUUUUCUUCAUUAAUAAUCCUUUAUUUGUCGUGACCACUGUGAUUGAAUUGAAAUGGAUGGUUUCGACAAUCCAGGAGUAUUUUUUAGCGAUAAUUUCUCCGUGGAUGACAACCAAACCGAUUUACAAGUGAACUUGCAAGCUAUUAAAAAGAAGUUUAAAGAGUUUAUACGUCAGUACCACACAGAUAAUUUUAAUUACAAAUACAGGGAUACCCUCAAAAGAAAUUAUAAUCUGAGACAGUACUACUUGGAUGUUAAUAUUGAAGAUGUCGGAAGUUUCGAUGAAAAUUUGGCCGAUAAAAUAUAUAAACAACCCUCCGAACACCUGCCAAUCUUUGAAGAAGCUGCUAAAGAAGUAGCUGACGAGUUAACUGCGCCACGACCCCAGCAUGAGGAGCAAGUUGAAGAUAUCCAAAUUAUGCUAUCGUCUGAUGCAACUCCGUCUGAUCUAAGAGCAUUAAAGUCGGAGGUUGUUUCUCGCCUUGUAAAAAUUCCUGGAAUUAUUGUGAGUGCUUCAGGUAUUAAAGCCAAAGCCACCAAAAUUGCAAUUCAGUGCCGCUCAUGUAGUAACGUCAUUCCCAAUUUGCACGUUAAACCAGGCUUGGAAGGGUACGUGAUGCCCAGAAAAUGUAACACUGAACAGGCUGGCAGGCCUAAAUGUCCUUUGGAUCCUUAUUUUAUAAUGCCUGACAAGUGCCAUUGCGUAGAUUUCCAAGUGUUAAAGCUUCAAGAACUCCCGGAUGGUAUACCUCAAGGGGAGAUUCCCAGACACAUGCAUUUGUAUUGUGACAGGUACUUGUGCGAAAAAGUUGUGCCUGGUAACAGGGUAUUCGUACUGGGGAUAUAUUCUAUUAAAAAAAUGAACAAACCGUCUCGGAGAGAGAGUCGCGAAAAGGCAAUAACCGGCGUUCGGUCGGCUUACAUGAGAGUCCUCGGUAUACAACUGGACAGUGAAGGUGUCGGAGCGUCAGGUACCGGCAUAAUCACAGCCGAGGAAGAGAGCGCCUUCCGCAGGAUAGCCACUAUGCCUAACCUUUACGAGAAAUUGUCUUUGAGUAUAGCACCUUCGAUUUACGGAGCUACCGAUAUCAAAAAAGCCAUCACUUGUCUACUUUUCGGCGGUUCCCGCAAAAAGUUACCAGACGGGUUGACCAGACGAGGAGAUAUUAACAUUCUGUUGUUGGGCGAUCCCGGAACCGCUAAGUCGCAGCUGUUAAAGUUUGUGGAAAGGGUCUCUCCUAUAGCGGUGUACACCUCGGGCAAGGGGAGCUCUGCUGCUGGGCUAACGGCAUCCGUCAUGAGGGAUCCUGCCACUCGCAAUUUUGUUCUGGAAGGGGGUGCUAUGGUGUUGGCGGAUGGGGGCGUCGUUUGUAUUGACGAGUUCGACAAGAUGAGAGAAGACGACAGAGUCGCUAUUCACGAGGCCAUGGAACAGCAAACGAUUUCUAUUGCUAAAGCCGGGAUUACCACCACGUUAAAUUCUCGAUGUUCCGUUUUAGCCGCCGCCAACAGUAUUUUUGGGCGGUGGGACGAGACAAAGGGUGAAGAGAACAUCGACUUCUUGCCGACAAUUUUGUCCCGUUUUGAUAUGAUCUUCAUCGUAAAGGAUGAACAUGACAAACAAAGAGAUAUGACGUUAGCACGCCACGUCAUGGGGGUGCAUAUGAACGCCGGUCAAAUCACUCAAGAACCGACGGAGGGCGAAUUAUCCUUAGAAUUCAUUAAGAAAUACAUCAACUAUUGCCGAACGAGAUGCGGGCCGCGAUUAAACUCCGAAGCAGCCGAGAAACUGAAAAGACGAUACGUUCUGAUGAGGAGCGGGGCCAGCCAACACGAGAAAGAGGCAGAGAAGAAGAACUCCAUUCCCAUCACCGUGCGACAGCUGGAGGCUGUCAUCCGCAUAUCCGAGAGCCUGGCGAAGAUGCAGUUGCAGCCGUUCGCGACCGAGACUCACGUCGACGAGGCCCUGCGUUUGUUCCAAGUGUCCACGCUGGACGCCGCGAUGAGCGGGAAUCUCGCAGGGGCAGAGGGAUUCACGACGGAGGAAGAGCACGAAAUGCUCACCCGCAUAGAGAAACAGCUGAAGAGGAGGUUCGCCAUCGGAACGCAGGUCUCCCAGCAGAACAUCAUCCAAGAUUUUACCCAACAGCAGUACCCCGAGCGGGCCGUCUUGAAGGUGAUCCAGACCAUGAUCCGACGGGGUCAACUCCAGCACAGGAUCCAAAGGAAAAUGCUGUACCGCAUCAGUUAAGAGACACACAGUUAUUUUAAUUACCAUUUUUUUUAUUAUUAUAAAUACAAGCUUUCACG